UCCAGUUGUUUGGAGAAGCCGGAAGUGAAUACAGGAAAAUUGCAACAAACAGAGCGGGGAGCAGUUAGUGAUCUACGCGAAGAGCUUGGCGAAGACUUGACUGAAAACUACUGCCGUCUAAUCGUUACAUUUCUUCAAGAAGCAGCAGCCAGCAGCCGAACCGGUUUGUUAUGCCUAACAUGGAAAAGAAUUUGUUUAACCUCAAGUUUGCAGCCAAAGAACUUCAGCGUAGCUCCAAGAAAUGCGACAAAGAAGAGAAAGCAGAGAAGGCCAAGGUCAAGAAGGCAAUCCAGAAGGGCAAUAUGGAGGUUGCCCGGAUACAUGCUGAAAAUGCCAUUCGCCAGAAGAACCAAUCAGUGAACUUCCUCAGAAUGAGCGCAAGAGUGGAUGCGGUUGCCGCACGAGUACAGACAGCAGUCACCAUGAACCAGGUCACCAAAUCUAUGGCUGGGGUGGUGAAGGGAAUGGAUGCAACUCUGAAGAGCAUGAACCUUGAGAAGAUUUCCGCUCUAAUGGAUAAAUUUGAGCGUCAAUUUGAAACUCUGGACGUACAGACGGCUCAGAUGGAAGACACAAUGAGCAGCACCACAACACUCACUACACCACAGGGUCAAGUUGAUUCUCUGAUGAUGGAAAUGGCGGAUGAGGCCGGGCUGGACCUCAACAUGGAGCUUCCUCAAGGUCAGACAGGAUCAGUGGGAACCAGUGUAGCAUCUGCAGAACAGGAUGAGCUCUCUCAGAGACUGGCCAAACUCAGAGACCAGGUUUAAGGAGAACUGGGUGUGUGCGUAUGUGUGUGAAAGAGAGAGAUUGUGUAUAUGCAAGUUUGUAAGAAACAUAUCCCCCGUUUACUGACCCCUGGAAAUAUUGGCCUCAUUGUUUAUUUGUUUAGUUUAGUUUUCUUUUUAUGCUGUUGAGGAUGGGUGUGCAGCUUUCAUUAUCCACAUUAACACGCAGGAAACACAAUUAGUCAAAAUGUAAAGGCAAAUAUUACAUGGGAACACUGCUGACGUAAUUUUGUGGCCCUGCUCAGUAAUAACUGAAUUAAAGAUUUAUUAGACAUUUCUUUGUAAGAGUGCAUUCAUGUUUUAUUACCAGCUUGUCUUUCGUAUAGCUUUUAUGCCAGUGUAGCUAUAUUAACCUACACCAGCGUUGAUAUCAGACAAAGGUUGAGUGAAAUUGUGACUUCUGUUUCUUCCUGCUGCACACAUGGUUUGCCUCUGCUUCGAUGGAUUGUGGGAAUAUCUAACUUUAAAUGCAUGUGAUCAAGGUGAUGAUUUGAAUAAAGUCUCAUCAUUUUGUCCAAAGCAGUAAAAUCCCCAGUUUAUCAGAUUAUUUAUGUCUUAUGUCUUUAGAGAAAUACUGAUCUUUAUGUUCAUUUAAUUUAUUUUGGUUCAUCCAAAAUGUAAAAAAAAAUGCUUGUCAAAUGAUCAGCUGGCAACAUAUAUAUGUUUGUGUGUAUAUAAAUAAACAUUUUGCAAAUUCUG